CACUGUUUUGUCCGUUUAGUUGUGGUGGACACCAACCAGCAUGGCGGCGCUAAAGACAACAGCGGCUUGGCUUUGCUUGCUAGCAGUGUUGCCAUGCUCCAAUCAGGAUCAGGUUCCAGUGAAGAACUGCAGCUCUCAGCUCCUGGAGGACCUGUCAGCUGAUCUUCAGGUGGCACUAGAGUGCAGCGUAAGCCCAUCAGCUAAGUGGUCCACACAGCAGACGGCGGCACUGCUUCUCCACAUGAGGAAUGUGACGGAUGUACUGCACAAGCAUCAGCAGAGUGAAUGUUAUGGAGCAGAGCCCGUGGAAUGCCCUGAGCCCGAGGUUCCCAAAAAUGGAGGCUUGGUGUGCGCCACGCUGGCUAACAGGCGGUAUUGCAAACCCCUGUGCAACCACGGUUAUGACUUUGCGUUUAUCAGGAGAAGUCGCUUGUUUGAUGAAUGCAGCGAGCAGACGGGCUACAGAUGGAACAGUCAGUACAUCGGUGGAAACGCGCUGGCUUUUUGUAACGAAGCCUCUAUCCAAGUAGCAGGAGGAAAGACGGCGUAUUUUCCCAAAGACAACAGCUGCCUGGCCACCAAGACGAGCGACCACAAGCACAGUGACAUCAUCCAAGAUUUUACUGAGGAGCUGAAGGGUCUCCACUUGGAGGCGGACGCACAAUCGCUCUGUCUUGUUUGUGGGUGAGGCCAUCGCAGCACUGACAAUAAAAAGGAUUUAUUGACA